AUCAAAAGUUCAAGUAGUGUCAGCUUCUGAAGAAGAGAAAUGUGAGAACGAUCUUGGUUUUGUUUAAGCUUAUUGCAACAACGUGACAGUUCUAGUAGAGUGUAACAACACACCUACUUAAUCUAAUGGGUUCCGAACAAAAUCGAUUUCCUCAGCAUGAAAGGCGAAAGAGAUGGGGUGGAUGUUUGGGUGCAUUUUCUUGUUUUGGUUCACAGAAAGGUGGGAAGCGUAUUGUACCUGCAUCUCGCAUUCCUGAGAACAAUGGAUCAGCUACUCAGCCAAAUGGGCCUCAAGUAGUUGGUUUGACCAAUCAAGCUACAGGGCUAGCUCCUUCUCUCUUAGCCCCACCUUCUUCACCGGCUUCCUUUACGCAUUCUGCCCUACCUUCUACUGCGCAAUCACCUAGUUGUUUCAUGUCAUUAUCUGCCAACUCACCUGGAGGUCCUUCAUCUACAAUGUAUGCCACUGGGCCAUAUGCUCACGAAACACAACUGGUGUCUCCUCCAGUCUUCUCAAAUUUCACUACUGAGCCGUCUACUGCUCCUUUCACUCCUCCUCCAGAAUUGGCUCACUUAACAACUCCCUCUUCCCCAGAUGUACCUUUUGCGCAUUUUCUAUCAUCUUCAGUGGAUCUCAAAAACAGUGACAAGAGUAACUACAUCACUGCAAAUGAUCUUCAAGCACUUUACCCUGGAAGUCCUGCCAGUAGCCUUAAAUCUCCAAUAUCAAGGAACUCUGGUGACUGUUUAUCAUCCUCUUUUCCUGAACGGGAGUUCCGCCCACAGUGGGAUCCAUCUCUAUCUCCUGAAAGUGGAAAAUAUCCGAGAAUUGACUGUGGGAGGCAGUCUGGGUAUGACGCAAAUGGUCUAGAUACAAAUUUCUUCUGCCCUGCUACCUAUGCACAAUUCUAUUUAGACCAAAAUCCUCCAUUUCCUCAUAAUGGUGGGAGACUAAGCGUUUCGAAAGAUUCUGAUGUUCAAUCUACUGGUGGAAAUGGACAUCAGAGUAGGCAUGCUAGGAGUCCUAAACAAGAUGUGGAAGAAAUAGAAGCUUACCGAGCAUCCUUUGGUUUCAGUGCAGAUGAGAUUAUAACUACCUCUCAAUACGUGGAGAUUUCUGAUGUAAUGGAGGACUCAUUUACGAUGAUGCCCUUCUCAGCAGGCAAGUCAACAAUGGAAGAAAGCAUAGAACCAUCAUUAAUGAAAGGAUUCAAAGCUCAGGAGACACAGGUGGCAUUGCAGAGUUUGAAAAGCCUUAGAUUAGAUCCAGCUCCUGUUGGCAAGGAAGCACGCAAUCAGGUCUCAAUAUGUCAAGGAUAUGAAGAUCAUAAAUCACAAGGGAAUUGUAGCAACGGCUCUGGAUUAAGUACACCAGAUAGACAUACUCUCAUGGAUGAUGAGGAUAUAUUCUCAAAAAUGGGGUCAUCCAGAAUCAGCAGGAAAUAUCAGAUGGGGUUAUCGUGCUCUGAUGCAGAGGUUGACUAUAGGAGGGGAAGAAGCUUACGAGAAGAAAGAGAAUGUGAUUUGGCAUGACUAAGAAUUAGUUAAUCAAUCCAGAACAGAUUAUCUGUUAUCUGUGUAUUAAUUUGCGGCUUCCUUUAAAAAACAACCAAAAAAAAAAAGAAAAGAAAAGAAAAGAAAAGAAAGUCUACUUGGGGUUCGCUAAUUGAUGGAAUGAUCUAACCUAGAUCUAACCGAUUCUAUCCCUCAUGUUUGACCAGAUCUUACUGAUCAAUGAAUGUAGUCUCUUAUUUUCUUCAAGCGAGUCCAGAUUAAUGUUUUGAGUGAAUGAAGUUUGAUUUUAACUAAGGGCUAGUGGAUCACCAGCUUUUGUUCCGAUUUUAGGGCUUGUGCACUUAUGCAAACCUCUGUAUUUUUUACAGUCCAUUGGUGAUCUAUAACCUGGUG